CAGAGAGACUUUUAAAACUGAAGAAAGAUAAGGAAGACUUCUAUAAACAAGUUAUCGAUGCAAGUAAAGCACUGUGCUGAUGCCUUGCUAAACCUGGAACAACCUCCAGGAGGGAUGAGCUGCCGGGCAACUGGAAAGAAGACCACAAAAAAAUCUAAGAGAUAAAUUGUGAGUGCAAGGAGACCAACUCAGGCAGGAGAUUGUGGUCACUGUCUAUGCAUGUGUGUGUGAGUGUGUGCGCCUUGGACUCCCACUCAGUGAUGUAAAGGUGGAUACUGGCAUGUGGAGGAGCAGGCAUAAAGAGCUGGAUCGUGAUGGUGUUCUGGAUGCAUAGAACCGUGCGAUGACAGUGGGCAACGUGGGUAAAAGAGUCAUGCGACACCCGGCCCCGCGCUACCACCUCUUCCUGGGUGGGGCCAUACUUCUGCUCUUGGCCAGCUCUACAAUGAGCUGUCCCGCCCGAUGCGAGUGCUCUGCCCAGACUAAGUCGGUGAGCUGCCACCGCAGGCGUCUGAGCACCAUCCCCGAAGGCAUUCCAAUCGAGACUCGAGUCCUGGAUCUCAGCAAGAACAAGUUACGCAUCAUCACACCAGACAAUUUCUCUUCAUUCCAGCAGCUAGAGGACCUGGAUCUCAGCGACAACCUCAUCAGUGUGGUGGAAAUCGGAUCGUUCCGUUGCCAACUCGCUCUCCGCUCAUUGAACUUCCGCAGUAACAUGCUUCAGCUCGUUCCUGCGGGUGUGUUGUCAGGCUUGACCAACCUCACCCGGCUUGACCUCAGCCACAACAGACUGGUGGUUCUACUGGACCACGCCUUUCAAGAUCUGCGCAAGUUAGCAUCGCUUGAAGUGGGUGACAAUGAACUUGUUUUCAUCUCUCAGAGGGCCUUCUUGGGAUUAACUGGACUUCUGAGUCUGACCCUGGAACGUUCCAAUCUCACAGUGGUCCCAACUGAUGCUCUAUCACACUUACACAACUUAGUGGAACUAACUAUGCGGCACUUAAGUGUCAGUUUUCUGAAGCCUUUCUCCUUCAAGAGGCUAUCACACCUCCGCCAACUCGAGAUUGAUUACUGGCCUUGGCUGGAAACUCUACCCCCUCUCUCGUUGCAUGGCCUCAACCUCACAACCUUAUUCAUAACUAACACUAAUCUUUCUGCCUUCCCCGGCGCAGCCUUGCGCCACCUGCCCUACCUCACACAUCUCAACUUGUCUUUCUGCCGCAUUCAGCAUAUCCAUCAAGGAGAGCUAGGCCACCUCCCGCAUUUGAUGGAGCUGCGUCUCCAAGGGGCUCAGCUUGUUUCUAUUGAGCCCUUUGCAUUUACUAGCCUGAAAUCUUUGAAACUAUUGGAUGUGUCACAAAACCGCCUGGACUCUCUGGAGAGGGGGGUGUUUGCAUCACCAGACAGCCUCCAGAGGCUUUGUCUGGGUGGAAACCCAUUGGUGUGUGACUGCAGAUUGCUUUGGUUGCUGAAUAGCUACAGGCCCCCUUCCCUGCAUAUUCUUGACCUCCAGCCUGAGUGCAGCGCCCCUGAGCACCUUUUGGGAAAAACUCUGCGUGAGCUCAAGGAACCACUGGUCUCCAGGUACAUGACCUGCACCAAGCCUCAAAUCGGACCAAACACAACACAGCUGCUGAUGGCUGAUGAGGGUCAACCAGCCCGCUUGAGCUGCACGGCGGAGGGAGCGCCGCGGCCAUCAGUGGUCUGGAUUACGCCUCACAGACGCUACGUCACAAGCAAGAGCAGCGGCAGGGUGGAAGUCCAACCAGAUGGCACCCUGGAAAUCAAGGCGGCAGAACUGCAUGACAGCGGGGUGUACUUGUGUGUAGCGAGUAACCCUGCUGGCAAUGCCAGCUUGUCUGCCUCUUUAGCUGUGAAGAGUCUGGGCAUUGGGGACAGAUCUCACAAUAGCAACAGGAGCUCAAAUUAUUUGACAGAAUCAAACAACACUUGGGGGAACGGCACCGUGUUAUACAACAUGACAGUCCCCUUAGACAUUAAGACUAUCAUUAUAUCCACAGCCAUGGGCUGCCUGUCUUUCCUAGGUGUGGUCAUCUUCUGCUUCCUGCUUCUGUUUGCCUGGAGCCGAGGGAAAGGACGCCACAAGAGCAACUUUGACAUCGAGUAUGUCCCGCGCAAAUCAAACGGGGCCUCAAAUGAAGUGACAGAAACAAGCGGCCCUCGGCGAGUCAAUAUGAAAAUGAUUUGAAUGUGACCCACACACGACGACAACACCAUGCACACAUAUCAGCUGACAAAUUGUUUUAUAUGACACAGUGGAUUUGUGACAAAUGAAAGUGAUGUAUUAAUAUAGUGGCCGUCAAUGAAGGUGAUCUUGUGAUCAUGUGACUAUCAAAGUGAAACCGUGAACGUGUUUAUGAAAUACUGUCCUCAUACAUCGCAUUGAAUAUAAUUCUAUAACCAACAUAUCAAUAUGGGAGUGAUAUAGUGCUGCACUCGGCAUGUGUAUCAGUGGUGAUGUGAUGAGUAAUGAUGUUGUCGACUCGCUGUGACAUCAAAGUGUAGGACAGAGCUACUGGGGGUAACGGAAGAUAUUCAGUGCGCGGCGAUAGCUAUCAUCACUGCAAUAUGUCAGGACUAAAUUGUCUAAUACCCAUCUGAGCUGCAGUGUGAAAGGUGUGUGUUGUGUUUGCGUGCACCAGUGUGCGCAUGUUGCAUAUGUGUCUUUCUUUGUGCAUGUGCACGCAUUGCCUUUCUUAUCAUAUGAAAAUGAUGGUCUAAGCAUUUUUCCAGGCCUCUGUUCUUGUUGGAGACAGUUUUGUCAUAGGUGAUCAUAUACAGCAUCUUUGUAUGCAAAAUCACACUUGUUAAAUACUAAAAGUUGGGGUGUAACGGUACGCUGUGGUCACGGUUUUUAUAAGGUCACCGCUAUGCUAAAAGAACAAAAUGCAAAACAUAAAACUUGUGAACAACUUUAAAGAUUUUCAAAAUGAAAUGAAAAAAUGUGAACUCCUGACGGAUAAAUUAUUAUUUUUUUACCAAAAUGGUGUGUGUCUUGACUACAAGGACAACAAAGUCUUAAGAAGAACAUAGUGAACCAGGAUUUCAUCAGUUGGUCGACUUAAUGGGACCGAUUUAAGCGAGUUUGACCAUACCAAAUAAUACAUGUCGUUAAGAAUGUCUUAAUUCAGUUUUUAGACUAUGCAUAGGAGGUGAUCCCUGGGCUCGGGGUCUUUCUGUGUGGAGUUUGCAUGUUCUCCCCGUGACUGCGUGGGUUCUCUCCGGGUACUCCGGCUUCCUCCCACCUCCAAAGAUAUGCACCUGGAGAUAGGUUGAUUGGUAACACUAAAUUGGCCCUAGUGUGUGAAUGUGAGUGUGAAUGUUGUCUGUCUAUCUGUGUUGGCCCUGUGAUUAGGUGGCGACUUGUCCAGGGUGUACCCCGCCUUCCGCCCAAAUGCAGCUGGGAUAGGCUCCAGCUACCCCCGCGACUCUGAAAGGGACAAGCGAUAAAAAAUGGAUGAAUGGAUGAACUAUGCAUAGGGCUAAUGCAAACCAAACUUUGGUCUGAAAAUGCCCCCCAGACCACACUUUGAACACCUUUGGUUUACAUUUUUUAUUAAGGACAGUGUAAAAAUGCAGACAAAUCAUUAUUAUUUGACCUAUGAUUAUUACACUUUGGAAUUUUGAUCAAUCACAAUUAAUCCCAGUAAAUUACUUGCUUGCAUAAAUUAAAUUAAUUUACAAAAAUGCAAUGUUAUUGUCAGAAUGUCAUACAGGAACAUUUUUAAAUGUUUGACUUGAAUACUCUUAAAGGGGCUGUUUGCAAUUUGCUCACAGUUACAUUUGUCAAACCGAAAAAUAUAACAAGAACAUCAUUGGCUAGCUUAUGUUACCAUUAGUGGUUAAUAAGAUAACACAUUUGCUUUAAUACCGUCUAUAAUUUUUACAAUUACUAAGUUUAUGUAAUACAAAUGUUUGCUGGCCUGAAAACAGAAGAUUGGUAUUUAUGGAGGUCACUCACCCUGUCUCGUCCACAAGUACGCACAGGUAGGUCAUUUUAUUCUUAUGAUUGAAUAUACAUUCAAUAAUUCGAAAUCGAUUUUAUUAGCUAAAAACACCCAAAGCUAAUGCGCAUGCACGUGUUAUGUACCAACAUGGUUACGUCAUGACAUCCUCGAAGCCGUAAAUGGGUGGGAUACAGUAUAAGGCUUAAAAUGCAGUGGAAAGUUAGCGCCAUCUGUGUAAUUUAAGUUUUAAGUUAUUUCCUCAAAACUUUUUAACGGUAUUAUUUGAAAUUCCGUUGAGGUGUAUUUUGAAGCGAAAUUUGCAAUCAUUCAGUCUCCUCACUUAUUGCACUGCCGUAUGUGAUCACUGACCGUAUAGCAACUGGCGCCGCCUUUCAGGUAACCAUACGCGGUUCAGGUAAAGGAGCAUAAGCGGAUAAAUUAAUCUGUGUUUAUCGUAGAUUAAUGCAAACAUUUUUUGUGAUUAAUAAUAUAAUUUAACACGCUAACUUUGAUAGCCCAAUUGUUUUGUUUCUUAUUUUGUAUAUAUUGAUAAAAUAUGUAAAUUGAAGCCAGAAAGUGGAAAUUUUCACAAACUGCAAGCUUUAACCAAGAUGGUUUUCAAACUCGAUUUUCUCCUUUGCACCAUGCCUAGCCAUGACUCCAGCUAGCCAAAGGCUGGGCUGCACUGUAUUUGUUUACAGAGUGGACACGUAACGGCGAGGCACGCUUCAUGUCCCUCACUUUUAAUGUGUGACAUGUGGAAAAUCGCUUCUGUACCGAACCCAAGGUAUCAUCCCAAACAUUGAGAUUACAAAUACAAGUACCGUUACACCUCUACUAACGAGAAAUGCUGCAUACAUUUAGAAAUAGUUCUCUUCGCAGAAUGAGUCUAACAUAUGUGAAAACAACUGAACUCAAGGAAAGAUUACGGCUUACUUUCAUGUGAGGUGUUCGCUUUGUCUUGACCAAAGAGUUACCUUUUCAAGACAGGACAGAGAAAUAACAACACUUUUCAGAGGCGUUAGCACAGGAGCAAAGCUUGCAGCAAUAGAAACGGCAUGUUAAAGGUGUUUUAUAACACAAUAAAUCACAGCAGUUUUUGUUGCCAGAGAAAAUCCCUUGAUAUGAAAUAAAAGACUGUGCGGCCAGACACAAUGUCAAAGAUUUACUGGAUUGUGCCCUCUUUGGCACAAGACAAAGUUAAGCCUCACAGAUUUAUAGCUUAAAUUUCCCCACAUUUUUUGUUUGUUUGUUUAAUCGCACCUCUUCAAUUCCUUCCCGCCGCACGAACGGGCUCUGGCUAUUUAAAUAAGUGUCAAUUUCAAACUUAUAGUGAGAUAUCUUGUAUUGUUAUGUUGAUUUGUUUGCAAAUAUUUCAGUGUCUGGGGUGGGGCGGGUGAUUUGUAUGGCAGGGAUGAACGGGUUUAUUUGUGUGAUUCUGUUGUGAUUAAAAAAAAAAAUUCAAGGUUGUAUAAUUGUUUUCAUAGGACAAAUUUAUGGGUUAUUUUCAAAAGAAAAUAAAUAUCAAACAUAUACCCUUAAAACUGGCAUUGUAUUUGAAAUGAUGCUUUAUGUAAGGGUCGGCCGGACAAUGUGGCUGGGCUAUGUGUACAUUUAGUGCAGGGGUGCCCAUUACGUCGAUCGCGAGCUACCGGUCGAUCGCGGAGGGUGUGUCAGUCAAUCGCCAGCCAGGUAUUAAGAAAUAGACCUAAAAAUUAGCGAUCAUCAAUCUUCACUAUGACGUCACUUUGGUCACUUGGUUGACAUUCACGGCACCCGAGUGUCUUGUGAGAUGACGCUCGUUGCAGCAAGAUCAUUAUUAAGAAAAAAUGACCGACAGGAGGGCAACAAAAUAAGAGUCUCGAGAAGCUAGCGCGCACAAGUUAGCAAGCUACGGAGUUUGUCGCCAUUGUAUUUCUUGUAAAGUGUAUACAAAGGAGUAUGGAAGCUGGACAAAUAAGAUGCCAAAACCAACCACUUUCAUGUCGUAUUGGACAGACAGAAGGACUUUUUUUCACCUCCAUUUGAAAAUGCGGACGUUAUCAAUACAAGUCAUCAGAAUCAGGUAAUACACCAACUUAUACUCUUGUCUUCAUGAAAGAAAGGAAUCUAUAUGUGUUAAACAUGCUUGUAUUAUCAUUAAACACCUUUAACUUGCUAACAAAAACUUAUUUUUCAUAAAUAAAUAAAUAUAAAUUAUAUAUAUGAAUGACGUAGAUCCCCUCGAUUUGGUCAAUAGAAAAGUAGCUUGCAUGCAGAAAAAGUGUGGGCACCCCUGGUUUAGAGCAAUGGCUGGCUUAGAACACUCGUCUCUUAUGCCGGAGAACCCAGGUUUGAGUCCCUGGUGAAACAGAAGCAGUAACUAAACCAAGUGUGUUAGUAUUAGUUCUAUUAGUAACAUACAUUUCAAGCUGUACUUUGUGUAUUGAAUUGGUUCAUAUUAAUAGUAUAUUUGAUAGGAGUGGGCGAAUUUUGGUAUUACCAAUAUUGAUAUAUUUCUUAUUUGCCUACUGUACAUACAGUAGUGCCUCAACUUACGAGCUUAAUUGGUUCUGUGACUGAGUGUUUCAAAUAAAGUUGUCCAUUGAACACGAUUGAAAUCAAUUUAAUUGGUGCUUGGUCCCACCAAAACAACACAAUUCGACAUGUAACGUGCCUUAAAAAACUUUUAGAUAGGAAAUAUUGUACAAAAACAAUACAAAAGAAUCUACUACUAACAAUUACAGUAAUUGUAUUGAGUAAUUAACAAUAAUGUACAGCAUUUACCUUGGCGAGUGUGCCUCUAUUCCACUGCUUCUUCAUCAAAAACACCAUACGCAACUUUUCCAUAUUUUCAGCAAUUUCCUUCAUCGCCACUGUCUUCCUCCCACGCUUGGAAAAAAAUAUGAUGUCCAUCUUUAGCUACUGUAUAUGCUAAUGCUAGCAAGUAAGACGAGAUGUUUUGGUCGGAUCUUACGGGUUUCAAUGUGACAUUUGCUUUGCCAAA